AUGCCGUCCGACACCACCCCCUCCAUCUCCUCCCGCGCUUCGUCCGCUGAGCCCGAGGCAACCAUGCACAUCUUCGUCAAGAGCGUCUCCGGCGACAGUGCGUACACAGAGCCCGGAAGCACUGGUCUCCCCAGCUGACACCUCGGCAGCCUUUCCCAUCACCAUCCCAGAGUCUACCACCGUAGGCACUCUGCGCUCCGUCCUCGCUCUCCGAACCAACGCACCCGAAUCCCAUCUCCGCCUCGUCCACGCCGGCAAGCACAUGUCCGCUCUUUCAGAACCCCUCACGACCUACAACAUCACGCGAGAGUCCACCCUGCACAUGGCCCUUCCCAUCCUCGGUGGCGCGCCAAAGAAGAUCCGCUGCAACUUCAAGGACUGCAGGGACGCAGCCCAGCGUAUCGUGGGCGACUGCGGCUUCUGCCAGGGCCACUUCUGCGGGAAACACCGUAUGCUGGAGUCUCACAAUUGUAGUGGGUUGGAAGACUGCAAGAAGGAGGAGAAGGUAUGUGGAACACCUCCGAGACUGUCGCGGAUGGCUGCCGAUGCGCCAAAGCACAGCAUGCACCUCCGCGCAACAGUCUCAGACGUCUUCAUUUGGAAGGAAGAUGGGGUACUGACGGGCCACCAGGACCGCAACCGCGAGAAGCUCGAGAGCGAGCGCACCGUGGCCAUCAAAGGCAUCUAG